ACAUAAUUAUACCAUAUAGAGACAUGAGAGCUUACGCUUUUAUAGUUUGUUCUUUUCUGUUGAUAUCCUUUUUGCUUAGUAUUUCAGCUGAGCAAUGUGGAUAUCAAGCCGGGGGUGCAUUAUGCCCUGAAGGCCAAUGUUGCAGUCAAUGGGGCUGGUGUGGUAGCACAGCGGAUUUUUGUUGUGAAGGUUGCCAAAGUCAAUGUAACCCUGAUAAUAUAUGUUUUGGAAGUGGUGGAGUUGGAGGUGGUGGUGGAAGUGGCGGUGGAAACCUUAGUAGAAUCAUCUCAAAAACAUCAUUUGAGGAGAUGCUUAUACGUAGAAACGAUGCUGCCUGUCCUGCCCUCAAAUUUUAUACCUAUGAGGCUUUCAUUACAGCAGCCCAAGCUUUUCCUACCUUUGGAACCACUGGAGAUGAUGCUACACGUAAAAGAGAGAUUGCUGCAUUCUUGGGAGAAACAUCUCAUGAAACUAUAGGAGGAUGGCCUACUGCACCAGAUGGUCCAUACGCUUCGGGAUACUGUUUUUUGAAGGAAUUAAGUCCAUCAGACUAUUGUUCUCCAAGUGCCAGAUAUCCUUGUGCUCUUGGGAAGCAGUAUUAUGGCAGAGGUCCCAUCCAACUUACAUGGAAUUAUAAUUAUGGGCAGUGCGGUAAUGCCCUAGGCAUAGACUUGUUGAACAAUCCAGACCUACUGGAGAAAGAUCCGGUGAUUUCCUUCAAGACAGCAAUCUGGUUCUGGAUGACUCCACAAUCUCCAAAACCCUCUUGCCACGACGUCAUCACCGGAAAAUGGUCACCCAGCCCUGCUGAUUCGGCGGCAGGAAGAGUUCCAGGUUAUGGCUUGAUAACAAACAUCAUCAAUGGUGGUUUUGAAUGUGGUAAAGGCCCUGAUUGGCGGGUUGAAGAUCGGAUUGGGUUCUACAAGAGAUAUUGUGAUAUACUUGGAGUUGACUAUGGUGACAAUCUUGACUGCAAUAGUCAAAGGCCGUUUGGAAAUGGGUUGGUAGAUUCUAUGUAAUCAGUUUCCAUCCUAAAGAAUAAACUAAAUAAAACAUGUGCCCUUGUACGUCUAUAAUCCUAUUUCCUUAUAUAAUGGAUUAUGAAAAUUAUUAAAUAAUGGAUUAUGAAAAUUAUUAUGUAGUUUGAGUGCAUACAUAUAUAUUUCUAUCGAUAAUAAUAUGGUUCUUAAUUUUCAC